CAAGGCAGUGUGGCGGCGUAGCAGCCGCGUCUUUUGCUCGUGGCCUCAGCAUGGACAAUGAGACGUGCAGCAGCGGCGCCGAUCCCGAUCCCAGCAGCUGCGGCCUCGAGCGCAUCGACGUCCAGCCGGACAAUAAGGACGGCGUGCUGACCGCUGGCCAAGUGCUCACCGGCACCGUCGUCUUGCAGCUGAGCCAGCCCUCGAUCGAGGCACUGGGGAUCCGGCUGAGGUGCAAGGGCGAGGCGAGGGUGCACUUCACCGAUCGAUCGGUCGGCAUCCGCCGGAAAUACAGCGCCGAGGAGGCUUACAUCCACCUGGAGCCUUAUCUCGUCGGCGAUGGCCAGUCGAGGAAGCAAGUGGCCACAGGCAACUACCCCUUCAGCCUGAAUCUACCGGAAAGUACGCCGUGCAGCUUCGAGGGACUGUACGGCCGCGUCAGAUAUUCCCUGAGGGCGAGCCUCCUUAUAAACGACCAGCUCACAUUUCACAGCUCCGUUGUGCCUUUUACACUCAAUUCCAAAUGCGAUCUCAACCACGAUUCUCUCGCACCG